UUAUUAAUAGUGACUAGUCAUUGUCACUAGUUGACAGAGAAGUUCUCUGUGUUUAUCAAGGCCCUGUAAAAAAAAGAUAUUUUAUUAAGAUUAUUUUCAAUUUUUACUUAUUCUUUUUCUGCUGCUUCCUUCAGGUUUCUGUUCUGUUUUUCUUUUGCCCCCUCUAUUGCCCCAUGUUGUUGCACAGUCCAUUAUUGUGGAUGGCUGACCCUAUAGAUACUUGAACUUAAUUACACCUUAAUUACCUCCAACCGUUGCAGCUGCCUCUCUACCGUGUACACAUGUAUUCUGUCUUACACUGGCAGUAAAGUGUAAAAAAAAAAAAAAAACAAAAACGAAUAAAAGUCUAAAAUGGCCUCCAAACCCCUGAUUCCCAUCAUUAUCACCCCCACCAUCAGCAGCAGCAGCAGCAUCAGCAUCAGCACCACUUCCACUAUACACACGAACCAAGCCCCUAGCGGUCAUCCCGGGUAGGAGCUCUGUGUGUGUGUGUACGCAUGGGCGGAGAGGGGGAGAGAGAGUAAGAGAGAGAGAGAGUAGAGAGAGAGAUAGGGGGAGGCUGCCGCUGUGCGCUGUUAUUAUUGUAGGAGAGUAAUUUCUUUUUUACGAAAAUGGCGUCUAGUCAGGGAGGUGUGGGCGCCGCUGCCACGGCUCCGCACAGCUAUCAGUUCUCCGGGGGACCUCAGUGGAGCCCGGCCAUCGGUCACUUCCAGCAGCCUCAGCAGCAGCAGCAGCAACAGCAGCAGCAGCAGCAGCAGCAGCACCACACGUAACGCAGCCUGGACCGGGCUCUGGAUGAUGCGGUGUGCUCCGGGAUACUGAACCUGAGCGGGAGGAAGCUGAGGGAGUACCCGGGUGUGAGCUACGAUCUGACGGAUACGACACACGCAGAUCUGUCAAAGAACCGGCUCACAGAAAUCCCCCCAGAGGUGUGUCUGUUCGCCCCGCUGGAGUCACUCAAUCUCUACCACAACUGCAUCAAGUGCGUCCCAGAAGCCAUCAUCAACCUGCAGAUGUUGACCUAUCUGGACAUCAGUCGAAAUCUUCUGUCAGUUUUGCCAAAAUACCUGUUCAACCUGCCGCUCAAAGUUCUCCUCGUGAGCAACAACAAGCUGGUGUCCAUCCCGGAGGAGAUCGGCAAAGCCAAAGAACUGAUGGAGCUGGACGUGAGCUGUAACGAGAUCCAGGUGCUGCCAUCUCAGGUGGGGAGGCUGCAGGGCUUACGAGAACUGAACAUCAGGAAGAACUGCCUCCACAUGUUGCCUGAGGAGUUGGCUGACCUGCCUCUCAUUCGACUGGAUUUCUCCUGCAAUAAGAUCACAGAGAUUCCUGCAGCUUACAGGAAACUCCGGCAGCUGCAGCAAAUCGUCCUCGAUAACAAUCCUAUGCAGUCUCCACCUGCACAGAUUUGUCUGAAGGGUAAAGUGCACAUAUUCAAGUACCUAAACAUCCAGGCCUGCAGGACGGACAAGAAACCAGACACACUGGAUCUUCCUUCUCUCAGCAAACGCUGUCUUCCACAACCUCUGACAGACAGCAUAGAAGACUUCUACCCCACUAAGAACCACGGACCGGACUCUGGGAUCGGCAGCGACAACGGUGACAAGAGGCUGUCAACAACAGAGCCGUCGGACGACGACACGGUCAGCCUGCACUCCCAGGUGUCGGAGACGGCCCGCGCCGACGCCCUGUCGCUGCUCUCUAAAAUGGACUCUUGCAAAGAUCAGGAUCUGUACGACUUCAUAGAUCCGAACCCCGACGAGGAUCCUGCUCUGUCAGAGUGUGACGGGACGCAGAACAACCACGUGUCCUGUAUAAAGGAAUUGGAAAAAGUUCUGAAUAUGUCUCAGUCCAGCCGAGACAAAGAUGGUUGGAAGGAGGAGUCGGGCUCCGACAAGGAGCAGCUGGUGGAGGAGGAGGACGACGAGCUGAAGGAGGUGCUGGACCUGAGGAAGAUCGCGGUGCAGCUGCUGCAGCAGGAGCAGCAGAACAGACGGCGAUCGUUAAUUUGCAGAGCAGAGAGUCUUAUUCACCGACGCAGGGUGACGGGCCGCGCCCACAGGUUCCUCAGUCACUCAGGAUGCUCCAGCAACAAACCCAGGCCUCCACCUCAGGCCGCUCGAAGUGCCUCCUUGGAUGAGGGAAGCAGUGGAUCACCGGUGCUCAGUGGACAGCCCUCCUCUUCCUGCUCCUUCGAUGGUGGUCUGAGGACGGAUCAGUCGGACUCAGAGCCAAACUGGCCUGAGGUUCCACCUGUGCUCAACCAGAACGAAGAUCGAAGGAGGACCAAGUACCUGAGGAAAGACUAUCUGAAGUACAAGUGUCAGAGCUCUCGUAAAAAUUCCAACGGGAAUGACGACUGUGAGGACGGCUUACGAAAUAACGAGUUCAGCUCCACGUUGACUGUGUUUGGACUGAAGCCUCGCUCAGCCUUCACCAGAGGAAGCCGUCAGGAGUACAGCUCCACUGACCCCAGCUUCACCAUGAGGAGGAAGAUGGAGCACUUGAGGGAGGAGAUGGAGCAGAUUGGACUCCUACGACAGAACAUCGAGUCCAGACUGAAGGUGCUGCUUCCAGAAGAUGUUGGAGCCGCUCUCAUGGACGGUGUCGUCCUUUGCCAUUUAGCCAAUCACAUCUGUCCUCGGUCUGUUUCCAGCAUCCAUGUUCCGUCACCAGCAGUGCCAAAACUCAGCAUGGCUAAAUGCCGCAGGAACGUUGAAAACUUCCUGGACGCCUGUAAGAAGCUCGGUGUCACACAGGACAAGCUGUGUCUUCCUCAUCACAUCCUGGAGGAGCGCGGCCUGGUGAAGGUCGGAGAGACCGUCCAGGCUCUGCUGGAUUUGCCCUCGAUGAAGUCCACGCCGCUGUCGGCCGUGUGACACCGGACUGAAUGCACUCAUCCUGCCAAGUUCUGCCCUUCACCACCAUAUCUCCACCACCACCGACUUCACCAGGGACCCCAGGGACCAGGGAGCCUUGUUUGGGCGAGGACCCAGUGGAGUUAGCGCCUGACUGAACCAGGAGACGAGAACCAAGAAAAAAAAAGGUCUCUGUCUUCUGACAUGAUGUCAGAUCCACUCCCUGUCCAUCUCACCUUCAUCAGAAAGCAGCGAGGAGAUGAUGAACAUGGAUCCAAAUCUUUCAGGCCAGAAUUUGCAGAUCAAACAUCUGCAGAACGGUGUGUCCAUGAAUUCAAAGUUCGCAUUUUUAAUUGCAAUCGAUUUGGUGCCCAAAAAAAAAAACAAAAAACUUUUUCCGAGCUUGUUUUCCUGGACAUUUUUUGCACUGCGCCUGAGUUUAAGUAGCCAACCCUAAUUUGCCAAGUGGACAGUUUCAGUAACUGCACUUCCUUUGCUUAUUAAAGGAGUAUGCAAGAUUGUCCCCUCCAGGGGGCAGUCACACCACGGCAGACAAUCUGUUAACGCACCUUUUCCAACACAUCAACUACACAUGCACAAACACCCAGCAUGCACCAGGGGAGUGACGUUUAAAACAACUGUGAAGGCAGCUGGGCUGUUGCCAAAUGCAAGAAAAUCCUAUUUUGUAGCAUUUUUUUGCAGUGUUUAUGACUUUUCUACUGUUUUUUGAAUUUUCGCUCUUCCCACUUGUUGCCAAUUGUUUGCUGGAGUCGUGAGAGUGAAAAAAAUACACUAAGGUAUUAGGGCCUGAGCACCGAUGACCAACAAACACCCAACAGUGACAGUAGCAUCGUCAGGAAGUUCAACUCAAAUCGGUUCUGGUUUCGUGUGUUCUGGGUCCAAACUUUCUGUUUGCUCAACAAAUCUGGAGAGAAUGUGUCUCAGAUAAAGUCUGUUUUUGUUUUUCUUCUUCUUUGAAACGCCCAUCAAAUGGACCUUGGGCAUCUCCUAGGGCAGUGGUUCCAAAAGUGGGGGGCGGGCCCCCCUAAAGGGGUACUGCAGGGCAAGUUGUUUCCAAUUUCAGUAUUUUCCUUGUUUUUCUCCCAUUCUGAAAAAUGCACUGACUUGUAGUCCAUUAACUUUGUUCUACGAGUAUAACUUGUUGACUCACUCAUAAAACUUUGUCAACAUGAGGGGCCGGGGGCGUCAGUGGCCCCCACCUACAACAGCUCAAGUCAGCUGGACAACUGUUCUACAGGAAUUUGUUUGUCACUAAGAGAAUUGACCUGACUGUGAUUAACACUGCCCCCACAUGGCCCAGCAAGGUAUCGGCCAUUUUGUCUCAAUUGCGGCCUAAACCCCAUUAGCCUCAUAUUUGAACGUCAGAACCGUUGUUAGUCUCUCUGUGAUCCUUGGUGAGUUCUGGUGACACUGUGCACCCUAGUGGUCACAACCGUCACUGUCACCGUCACUAGUGUGCACGCCAACACUGUUUUCUCCAUCAGGGAUGAGAUCUCACGCUCCGACAUGUUUGUUUGGCGGAGUCAGUGCUGUUAUUGGCUGUGUUGCAAUCAGACAAGAACGAAUGGCUCCUGAAGAAGCACCGCUGUUAGAGACAGUGUCUCCAAGACGUCAACACCUCUAAUGUGUCUCAGUCUCAGGAGAAGGAGAAGACGAUGAUUUUCCUCCGUAUUCUGGUGGUUGAUGACGUAGAACCGACUGAAGAACCGCACCAACGUUGUGUAGACGGCAGGCUUUAGUCCCACCACCCUGUGAUCACACUCUCAGAUGUAAAGUAUAAUGUAGUAAUGUAUGCGUUGGGCGGACUCUUGAUGCUGCUCCAUGGUCCAAACCCACCACCUGGUGGAGCGGAGAACGCCACGUCCCUUCUGCUGUAGGAUGAAUAUUCUUCAUGUCAGGGAAAUUUGUUUUAUUUUAUUUUUUUCUUCUUCUUUUGUAUUUAAAUGAUCCGGUCUGUUUUAGUUAUCUUUUAUCGUUGGAUGCAACGUGUGUUUUUUUCCAGAACACUUGGUGUACAUUGACUGUGCCGUCCCGGUCCAGCUGUGAAACCACAGGAAAACCUUUUUUAAUAUGGAUAAAUUAUAAGGGCUGUAGUAACAUUUGGAACAGUUUGUCCAAAACAUCCCCUCUGCCAAUGGCUGCGUGCCUAGUACAUCUCCAGUUGUCAAACAAAACCGACUUCAGACAGAAUCUGAGAGUUUUAUUCUCAGACCCAGGAAACAAAAACAGAGAAUAUGUUCAUGCUUCAAGAACUUUUUGAACAACUCAUUAUUUUUUUUUAGAACUAGAGCUCUUUGUCACAGGCCAAGACUUGUCAUUUAUCAGUCGGCAACAACACAAGAAAGGGGUUCAAGGAUAGGGCAAAAGUCUGUAUUUGGUUUUACAACUCUUGAUCUGAAAAGAUGCGAUCGAAGUAUAUUAACAUAUAAUAACAGGCUAACUAGUCCAACAAGUUCCCGAUCUUUUUCCCCAUCCACGGAGCUUGUGGAAACUCAUUAGGGAUCGUCAACAGAGAGCUCAAGAAAUCUACCCGCAGCUCUGCGACUUUGGCUUUGUUUCUUUAAAAUGAGGAAUGAGAUAAUAAACUGGAAGAACACAGGCUGACUCACACUUUCCUGGACAUUUAGUUAAAAUAACUGCCAGCAAAAACAAAUGACUUCCAUAUUUAUAAACACGUGGAUGUGAUGCACGACACCAAAACUCUAGAGUCUAAUCAAAUGAUGAGUCAUUACUGCAGUAGUCAGAGGUCUGACUCGUCGUCUGGCUACUACGCUGGGGACGAAAUUCCACCUUAACGUAAGUUCUUUUUAAAUUAAAUUUCACCUAGACAUUGGUUCAACACCCGUCUUUAUUAGCUAUGAUUAGCAGUGAGAGGCAAAGCGAUUCUUUGCCUCUACCGAGUUUUCGGGCCAACAUGUUUUGAAGGAAUCCAGAACUUAUGAACCUGACUUUAAUCAAUUAAAUUACAUAAUUAGGUUACACUUACAUUGGCCGCAAUGCUGCAAUGCUGCACAUUUUUUAGUCAAAAAGCUACGACAAAAUCCAGGCAAGCCAAAAAAUUCAAGUCAGAUGUUUUUUUAUUUGUU